AUGUCCACUCUUUGUGCUUUCCCGGUGCCAUACUCUACCAUCGAGGUGUUGAAUAUCGUACUACCAUACCGUACCUACUCUGCCAGACUGCUGUAUUUACAUGCUCCACUGGGUAAUCAUUUACCAUUCUGCCAUCGGUCCUACAACGUUCUCCAUCUCAGACAAGAUUGCGAUAGCCACAUGUAUUCCGCUGGGAAUGACGUUCGCUUGUCGCAGGAAGCCGUCACAAUGAGUGACCAGAGAAGCCACGAUACUACUGCGGACCAGUCGGCACGUGACGCCUCUUCUCUCGACACUCGCAAGAUCCAUGGUUUUCCGUGGUUUCUGCUGGUCAUAAGCGUUCUCUCUAGCAUCUUCCUGUACGCCCUUGACAACACCAUCGUCGCUGAUAUCAUUCCAGCCAUUGCCAAUGACUUCUCUUCCAUCAAUGAUCUGGGAUGGCUAUCUGUUGGGUUCGUCAUUGGCGGCGUUGCUGUCAUCAUGCCUCUCGGAAAAUUAUAUGGGAUUCUUAACACAAAAUGGUUGUACAUUACGUCUGUUGUUCUCUUCAUGGCGGCUUCUGCAGUCUGUGGAGCAGCUCCCGAUAUGAACGCAGAAAUCGUUGGGCGAGUCUUUGCAGGCGCUGGAGGCAUUGGCAUGUACAUUGGUACUAUGAUCCUACUUUCUAUCAACACCAGUGACCAGGAGCGGCCUGCUUAUUUGAGUCUGGUUGGCCUUGUAUGGGGUAUCGGCACUGUUCUCGGACCUGUCAUUGGCGGAUCCUUUGAAAAGGUCGAUUGGCGGUGGGCGUUCUAUCUGAACCUUGUAAUCGGCGCCCUUCUAUUCCCAGUUUGGUUCUUUCUACUACCUUCUUUCCAUCCAGCAAAGCAUCUCAGUCUCAACAAACGGCUGAGUCAAUUCGACUUCGUGGGUGCCAUCUUAUCCAUUGGGGCCUUCGUAACGACCAUAAUGCCCAUCAACUUUGGCGGAACGACUUACGAAUGGAAUAGUGGGACUAUCAUUGCUUUGUUUGUAGUAAGCGGUGUUCUGUGGAUUGCUUUUGCUGUACAGCAAUCACUCACGCUCUUCACAACGCCGGCUGAUCGCAUGUUCCCCGUUCAAUUCCUCAAGAACAAGGAAGCAAUGUUGCUUUUCAUCUGCGCUGCUGCUAUCAACAGUGCAGUCUUCGUACCCAUCUACUUUAUCCCCAUUUACUUCCAGUUCUCUCGUGGGGACGGUGCGCUGGACUCUGCAAUUCGCCUGCUUCCUCUCAUCUUCUUACUCUGUGCUACAAUUCUUGUCAAUGGCAAGUUGAUGUCCCGUUUCGGAUACUAUAUGCCUUGGUAUCUCGUUGGCGGAGUCUUUUGUCUCAUAGCCAAUGUGUUUCUCUGUGAGUUACACCCGGUCGCCGCGGUGCUUGUUCGAUACACUGACUAUAAGACAGCUUUGCUCGAUGCUACAACGUCGCAAUCCUACAUCUAUGGAUUCGAGGCGCUGCUUGGCUUGGGAGCCGGUGGCUCUGUUCAAGCGGGUUACGCCGUCAUUCAGACCGUCGUUCCGGCAACUGACCUAGGGUACGCUGUCAGCUUCAUCAUGAUCGCCCAGAUUGGCGGCAUCGCUCUAGGCCUUGCUUGCGCCAGCGCCGUGUUCAUCAAUGGCGCAACCAACAGUCUCAGAGUCUUGCUGCCAUUGCUGUCGGAUUCUGAGCUUCAGUCGGCGAUAUCGGGUACAGGAGGUCGAUUCUUGGAGACCCUAGACGACAAUACUAGAGUCCAAGUCAUUGAUGCCGUUGUUAAUAAUUUGGCCAAGGCGUUCAUUGUCGCCUACGCCGGAGCCGCUGUUUCACUUGUUGCUUCCCUCGGCUUCUCGAGGAAGCGCGUAUUUCUGCCAACUGCUGCAGCGGCUUAG